CGGUCAUAUGAUCAGCUGUGUCCAAUCACAGCUCAUCACAUGGCACUGAUGAUCAGUGUGCCCUGAUGAUCAGUGUGGCCCCAGAAGUGCCACCUCUCAGUGCCCAUCAGUGCCACAUGCCAGUGCCCAUCAGUGCCACAUAUCAGUGCCCAUCUGAGCUGCCUUUCAGUGUCACCCAUCAGUGCCAGUCAGUGCCACCUAUCAGUGUGCAUCAGUGUCGCCUAUCAGUGUGCAUCAGUGCCAGUCAGUGCCGCCUAACAGUGCCCAGUCAGUGUCGCCUAUCAGUGGCAGUCAGUGACGCCAAUCAGUGGCAGUCAGUG